CGCGGAGCCCACAACGAGCCCAAGAUCUUCCUCAGUGACGAGUAUCACGGUGAUUCUGACAUGACCCGCUCGUUCAGCCUGAACACGCAGAACAUUGCGGGGCGCCACAUGUCGCUCGCCGAGGACACCGAGACGGAAUUCAACACAUCUCUUGGCGUUGCCGAAGACUUCCAGCAUUAUCCCAGCGUUGAGCGCACCCACGGCGCCGACAUGACUCACAUGCACGGGUUUAUCCAUGAGGGUAGCAGUCAACACAACAAUUUUGUUUAUGCCGAGGGCUCAGGAAACGACAGUUCCACCCACAUUGGUGGUCCAGCCUUUAAUCGUCCAGACGCGGCCACAUUUGCCUCGCGAGAACCGUACGAGCAGCCUUCCGCUUAUCAUCCCCACGCCGGCGUGCCCGCGUCUGGGCCUUAUCAGGUAUCAGCCCCGGCUGCUGGCAACGCUCUUCGGCACCCCUUCCAGAAUCGACUUGAUGACCAGGCGGCUCAUGACACAUCCUUCCGCGCUCGGGGACGAAUGUCACCUUUGGCGCACCAGCAAGCCCAGCCCAAGGUGAAUGGCCGUUGCGCAGAGGCCUAACGUCAACAGUUAACUCGGCCGUCUCUUUUUUCCGGGAGCAAGUUCCCGAGCCCAAUGGCUCCCCUUCAGCCUCUUGAUCUGGGUGGCCUGUGGCACAGCGCUAUGAUUGAGGCCAAACGCCAGCGUGAGAGCCCAGGCUUCGACAUUCUCACCGCUCUUGAUGCGUACGAGAGGGAGAUUGGUCGCAUCAUCGGAGAACUGACCCAGUUUGUGAC